AUGUAGCCUGGCCUGCUCCUUGUCCUGACCCUGCUGGGCAUGGCCUCUGCCCUCUGCCCCACCUCCUGGCACACUGUGGAGGUACCUGCAGGCAGAGAGAGGUGCUUUGUGGUGGUGAAGGCAUUGCGCACCUACAAGCGUGCCCAGCUGAGAGGGAUGGGGAGGUCAGCAGGAUGCCAGGCUCCCAUGGGCGCUGCCAGUGUCAUCUGUGUCCUUCAGACCUACUGCCAGGACAUAUACAAGGGACAGCUGGCCUUGGUGCACAUCACAGCCACUAACGAACUGCUGAGGAAGCUGGCAGCCACGUACACCUACUGCAACCUCUGGAUCAGGGCUGUCACCAGUUGCAAGGGUGGGUCAUGGAAGACAUCCUGGGAGGACCUGAGCUCCUGGAACUAUGCAAACUGGGCCAGCAGGCAGCCCUGCCAAUGGUACAGAACCUGCACCGUGUUCAAGCCAAAAGACGGGCUCUGGAGAAGUAGAGCCUGCUUCCUGCUGCACUUGUUCCUCUGUCAGCAGUGA